CAUUUUAUGUGAUCACCUCACAAUGUAAAAAAGCUAAUUAUUAGAUUAAUUCAGACUUGAAGUAUAGACUUGUUUCACAUGAUUAGUGACUUCUAUCUUCCAUGACAGAACAUUAUCAGUAGAUGAAUCCAAUCAUUGUUCUGGUAUUGUUCCAAAGUGCUGGCAUAAGUCCAAAACAUUACCUAAUAGAAACUAAACAGGAUGGAUUGCAAGAGGAAGUUCGGCAGGAUGAGUUACCAAAGGAAUAUGGCACCGACUAUUUUAUCGACAUAAUGGGCAUGUUGGGAUCAAUAUUUGCUCCCCCGUCACCACCUCCACCUCCUCCUACUCCUCCUCCUCCUUCUCCACCACCCACUUCAACUCCUUCAUCUCCUUCCCCUACUAGUGAUGUUGAAGGUAGCAGUAGUGAUGAAUUUUUUAUCUGAAUAAACAAUUCUGUAUGAUUGAUA